AUGGCCAAAGGAAUGGGAGAGAGAUUGGGAGGUCUGCGAGGCAUCAGCUUCAGCUGUGAUGAGAAUUCAAACAAGUUCCCCAAUGCCAAGAUCAUGGAGGAAGUGACCGAAGAAGAUCAGUAUGAAGCAACUAGCCAAAGUUCACUAACGCUGGGUGUGAACUUUGAUAUAGAAGAAGAACAGCCACAUGAUCAGAUCAGCAAGUCCAAAGACAUUGGAAGCUGCUUAGCCUGUGGAAAUUGUCUGGCUGGCUGUCCUUAUAAUGCAAAACUCUCUACAGACAAAACUUAUCUUGUCUCAGCUCUCCAGGCAGGAUGUACUAUCAAAACAGAAUGUCAAGUUCAAUAUGGGGUAAGAAACCCAGAUGACACCUGCAAAGAAAAAGAGAAAAUAUGUAGAAAAAGAAGGCAUCUGUGGCUCGUAUUUCUCAAUGAAACUGACUACGUAACAUCUGAUUUUGUUGUCCUCUCGGCUGGAGUGUUUGGAACAUCUAAUAUACUAUUUCGGUCGCAGAUGAGGGGAUUGAAAAUUUCAGAGAGGCUUGGAUCAGGGCUGAGCUGCAAUGGCAAUGCUGUUGCUUAUCUUGCAGGAAGCUCAGCUCCCUUAAAUGCUUUUGGCUUAAACAGUAAUCAAUUUUCAAAAAUGCCUUUUCAACAGCGUCCGGGACCAGCCAUUUCUUCAUCAUACACCUCUUCCUUGGGUUUUACUAUUCAGGGUGCAGUACUUCCAACUGCUUAUCCAUACCUGUUAUUCAAAGGGAUUGGGACUUAUGGUUGGCCACCUGGCUACUGGCUUUUUCACGGGAUCAUAGACAAUCUUAAACAUGCUUUUGGUUCAAAGCGCCAAGCAAUGGUUCUGAAUGCAAUGGGAUAUGACGACAGUGAUGGAAAGAUAAUUUUUGAUAAAAACACAAGUACUAUUGGCUUCCAGCCACCCCAUGAUCCUUUAUUGCCAAGAAAAAUCGACGCCUUUCAGAAACUCACAAAGAAAUUGGGAGGAAUUCUGUUCAUGUCAAAGCAUCGGAGCACAUCAGUUCAUCUUUUAGCUGCUGAGCAUGUAAGUAGGCACCUUGUGCAGGAUGUUCUCAAGUUCAAAACUAAAGAAGGUACAGAAUUUGCCAAUGCAACUUUGGAUCAAAAACUGGGUUCAAUCAUCUCUGGGAAGUUCAUUAGCAGCCAGAGAUCAGUGGUUGUGGUUAAAGAAACCAUGAGGGGGCAUAUGGGGGGCAUGCCAUGCACAGCUUCUCUCAUACUGAAAUUGAAUUGCAGAACAUCCAGAGAUUCUGAUAAAAUGAGUAUGGACAUUGGAAAACCUUACCCUCUUCUACGAGGAAAAGUUGGUGGCUAUGUUGAAAUCGGAGGAGUAGAAAAGGAUAAUUUACAUAUCAUAGAGGGGGAAGUAGAUUUAUGUGAAGUUGAUAUCAGAACUCUUUAUACACAAUAUAUGCACUACCAUCUUCUCCUUGGAGCGUCUUCUGGUGCAAGCAAAGUUACCAAGAACACUCCAAGGGAAGAAAUGGUGAACUUAAAAGGGAAGCUUCACAUUUCCGUGAUAGAGCUUCUAAAAAUUGUUAUGAGUCUGAAAGGGAAUAGCAGAGGAAAGUUUGUAGGCCUUCUAUUGCAAUCUCUCUUCAGAACCUAUGUCUUGCAAAUACCUCGAGGAAGUUGCAAGUACUUUAUCACAUCAGAAGUCUCUGAAAGACCUUAUCCGUGUAGUGCUCUCCACGAGAUCAAAACAGAAGAUGGAUUUAUCAUAAGUUGCAAACAGUGGAAGUGUAGUCAGAGACCAUGGAGGCUUGAAGGAGUGAGUGGACCAUAUCCAAUCCUCCUCAUUAACGGGUACUCAAUUGAGAAUUAUUGGCUGCAAACUGAACCAAAUGAUCUGGUUAGGACUUUACUAGAAGAAGGGCAUGAGAUAUGGCUACUGCAACCAAGAUUUCACCCAUCGAAUUCUUCAAUUCACUUCACAAUCAAAGAUAUAGGCAGAUUUGAUAUACCUGCUGCCAUCAAUAAGAUCCUUGAGUUGCACGGGGCAUUGACAAAAGUACAUGUGAUUGCACAUUGUGUUGGAGGCCUUUCCAUUCACAUUGCUCUGAUGGGAGGACAUGUCUCUGCCAGCCAAAUAGCUUCUUUAUCUUGCACCAACUCUUCAAUGUUCUUCAAGCUCACUGCUUUAUCGAUUGUAAAUGUGGCUUCCGCUCAUCCCGAUGUCUAUGGUGAUAUUAGGCAAGAACAAGUCCCUGCCUCUCUUCCAAACAUUGAAGGCCAGUUUUCAACCCCAGCUCCUCAAAUCAAUAGCCCGUUUCCUGCCACGCUACGAGAGAUAAAAAUCUGCAACUCAGGUUUCAUCGUUGACAGCAAUGGCAAGAAUUCGUAUCUGAUCCAUCCCGAGAGAAUGGCGCUGCCAACGCUUUAUAUAUCCGGUGGACGGACUCUCCUUGUGACUCCUCAGACUUCUUUUCUGGCCAACAAGUACAUGAAGUUGCACCAGCCUGCUUUUAGACAUGAAUGGGUGGUUGUGGAAGGUUUUGGGCACUCGGAUUUAUUGGUUGGAGAAGAGUCUUGUAAGAGAGUUUUUCCUCACAUUAUAUCUCACAUCAAACAGGCAGAAAAAGAAAGAAAUGGUGCAGUGAAUCCAAGGGAAUUAAAGAAGUGCAGUAGAGAGGCUUUGGCUUGGAGCGAUGAUUUAUAUGAGGAAAGAAAUGGUGGACUUGGGAGCUGGAUUUCCCUUUUGGUCACCAUUUGGUUGGUUUUGUUGCUAAUAGCUUUGUUAAUUUCUAAAUUUUUCUGA